CCAUUUUUUGAGCCACCUCCGAUUUUGCGACAUCUCUAAUAGCCUUCGUUGGAUUUCGUGCUUGUGCUUGUGAUUUGUAUUGUUUAUUGACUGCUUGCCGCCGGUUUUUGUGAAUCCUCGCCAUGUCGGUGGUGAUUGAGACCACACUGGGCGACCUGACCGUCGACCUGUUCACCAGCGAGCGGCCCAUCGCCUGCCUGAACUUCCUGAAGCUGUGCCGUCUAAAGUACUACAACUUUAAUCUCUUCCACACGGUGCAGCAGGGCUUCAUCGCCCAAACCGGCGAUCCCAGUGGAGCCGGAGACGGCGGCUCCUCCAUUUGGGGCGUGGUGGAGGGCACGCACAAGCGCUUUUUCGAGGCGGAGUACCUGCCGCGGAUUCACCACUCCAGCCCCGGAAUGCUAUCGCUGGUCAGUGCCGGCAAGAAUCUGGUGGGCUCGCAGUUCUUCUUCACGCUGGGGGAGAACCUUUCGUCGCUGGACGGGAGCCAUUGUGUCAUCGGCGAGGUGGUGGAGGGACACGAGGUGCUGCGCAAGCUUAACGAUGCCAUUGUGGACGAUAACUUCCGCCCGUACCAGGACAUUCGCAUCACGCACACGGUGGUGCUCGAGGAUCCCUUUCCCAAUCCCCGUGGUCUUCAGGCGCCCAGUCGCUCGCCAUCACCCAGUGCCGAGCGCCUGAAGAACGGACGCAUUGCCGCCGACGAAGACAUCGACGACACGGAUGGCAUGACCAUGGAGGAGCUGCAGGAGAUGAUGGCCGAACGGGAGGCCAAGGCGCGAGCCACAAUACUUGAGAUUGUCGGGGAUCUGCCCGACGCGGACAUGGCCCCACCAGAAAACGUUCUGUUUGUGUGCAAACUCAAUCCGGUUACCACCGACGACGAUCUGGAGAUUAUCUUCAGUCGCUUCGGCGUAGUCAAGGGAUGCGAAGUGAUUCGCGACCGCAAGACAGGCGACUCCCUGCAGUAUGCCUUUGUCGAAUUCGAGGAUCAGAAAUCAUGCGAGGCUGCCUAUUUUAAGAUGGACAAUGUUCUGAUCGACGAUCGACGCAUCCAUGUGGACUUCUCUCAGUCCGUUUCGAAAGUUACCUGGCGAGGGAAAGGACGAGGCAUUGUGGGCGACGAGAACAAACUGGACUUUGACAAUUUGCGAGAUAACAACGAACGCAGAAAGACCAACAAUGGACGGGCCAGAAAAGAUGAUCACAGGGAUCCCAAAAGAACGGAGGAUCCGAGAAGCAGGAUGGGCUCUGCAGAGCGAAGAAGGGCAAGGGAGCAGCGUCACCAGGAGCAGAACAACCGGGAGGAUCUUAAAACUGCGCGAAGGCGGUCAAGAUCGAGGGAGUUAAAAGUUCGACGACGCUCCAGGUCCAGAAAUUCCGACCAUACCAAAGCCAGGGAGAACGCCGAUCGAAAUCGUUUUAAUGAUCGCGAGAGGAAUCGCAAUGAGAAAAGACCUUCAAGGUCGAGGGAUCACCCGCAAAGAAUGCGUUCCAGGUCAAGGGACCGAGCAGAAAGGAGGCGUUCCAGAUCUAGAGACCAAAAGGAUAGGAGACGUUCUAGGUCCAGGGAGCAAAACGAAAGAAGGCGUUCUAAGCCAAGAGAUCAAAUUGAAAGAAGGCGUUCUAGGUCCAGAGAUCGUUAUGAUAGCAAGCGGGUCAGCUCUCCCCAAGACAGAAGGCGUCACGAAAAUGGGGUUGCCCCAUAUAAAGAACCUGUCAGAAACAAUAAAAGAUCCCCAGAGCGAAGGCGGCAAUCCAGGGAUCGAGAUGACCGGAGAUUGGACAGAAACUUAAGCCGACAGAGGACUCCCGAGCGGAAGCCAAAAAAUUCAGUGGAAAAGAGCAAAAAGGAGGAAAAGAAGAAACCUAAACGUGCACCUAGCACUAGUUCAGACUCCAGCGAAAGUUCCUCGGAAUCCGAGAGCGACUCGGACUCCACAACUUCGGAUAGUUCUGAGGACAGCUCAUCGUCGGACGAGCGCAGCAAGCGCAAGAGCAAGAAAUCCAAGCAGAAGUCCAAGUCAAAAAGUAGUCACAAGUCCAAAAAGAAACGUAGGAAAUAAAGAUAACGACAUUCUUGAUCAGAACAAAACGAUCUUGACUACUGCU